GCUCUUUGCUGCGCAUCUCACUUCCAAACCAACCCCACGCAGAAGCAACAAUGAAAGAUUUAAAACAAAGUCCAUUUAUAUUUCAAACAUCAUAGCAGAAAACACUAUACAGUUUUUGGUUGAUACAGAAUAUGCUCAUAUAACUGCUAUUUGAAUCUUUCAAUAUGCUUUUGGUUUUACAGUUUUUGGUUGAUACAGAAUAUGCUCAUAUAACUGCUAUUUGAAUCUUUCAAUAUGCUUUUGGUUUUACAGUUUUUGGUUGAUACAGAAUAUGCUUUUGGUUUUACAGUUUUUGGUUGGAGAGAAUCUUUCAAUAUGCUUUUGGUGUUAAUCAGCAACAGCAUCUUUUGGCCAAAAGUGAAAUAAUCCUAGAACUUUUUUCUUCAUAUUUGUUGUGGUAUUAGGCACACAUUGGUUGAUAAUUUUUGGUCUAUGGGGUGAAUUUUCCAUACUUUGCGAAUGGUAUUAAUUAUGGCUUUGCAUUAAUUAAACUGUUUCUAUUUGCAUAUAUGAAACUUUUUGUGUUCAAUUUGGGGUUAUUUUACUUUCAGUAGGAUUGGUUAAGUGGAAUAAUUCUUUUCUUUUUGGAUUAAUAGAUAUGGAUCAAAGACGAAUGUUGUUGUUAUUAUUGUUGGAGAUGUGGCAUUUAGAGACCAUGUGUGCUUGCACGAUUCUUGUGCUUAUGAUGCUAAAAAAUAUGAGAAGAAAUCGAAGACUUUUAGAAAGACGUUCCCUCAAUAACCGUUCGUUUGUUAGACAUGAGAAUCGAUUACGUUAUUUGAACAGUAUAUUAGGCAAUGAUAGAGAAUGUGUGAGUGAACUAAGAAUGGAUUUAAAGACAUUUGGUUUAUUAUGUGAUUUGCUUCGCACGGAUGGAAGGUUAAAGAAUGACGGUUUGGUGACUGUGGAGGAGCAAGUAUGUAUGUUCUUGCAUAUGCUUGCUCAUCAUGUUAAGAAUCGUACUAUUAGAAAUAGAUUUGUUCGAUCAGGAGAGACUAUUAGUAGGUACUUCAAUUCCGUGUUACAAGGCAUUUUAAGAUUACAAGGUAGCCUAUUGAGAGUACCGGAACCUGUAGGUGAUAACUGCACAGAUCAUAGAUGGAAAUGGUUUAAGAAUUGCUUGGGAGCACUAGAUGGAACAUACAUUAAAGUGCGAGUAGCUGAAACCGAAAAACCGAGAUAUCGGACUAGAAAGGGAGAAAUUGCAACAAAUGUGUUGGCCGUUUGCUCACGUGAUAUGCAAUUCAUAUUUGUGUUGCCGGGUUGGGAGGGAUCCGCAUCCGACUCUAGAGUCCUUCGAGAUGCCAUAACUAGGCCUAAUGGAUUAAGAGUUCCUACCGGUUAUUAUUACCUUGUAGAUGGUGGGUACACAAAUGGUGAGGGAUUUCUCGCACCAUAUAGAGGAACACGGUAUCAUCUAUCGGAAUGGAGAGAAGGAAAUACACCUGUAAAUCAUCAAGAAUAUUUUAAUAUGAAGCAUGCUAAAGCAAGAAACGUAAUAGAACGUUGCUUUGGGUUGCUAAAAGCUAGAUGGUGCAUACUAAGGAGUCCAUCUUUUUAUCCAAUAAAGACACAAUGUCGAAUAAUUACGGCUUGUUGUCUUUUACAUAAUCUCAUUAGGAGGGAGAUGUCUAGAGAUCCACUAGAGUAUGAAAUAAAUGAAAUUGAAGAGACGGAAAAUGUGAUAGAAGGUGAUAUGGUUGGCACCAUUGGAGCAUCGGAUGAAUGGACUACUUGGAGGAAUGACUUGGCGUUCCAAAUGUAUAAUGAGUGGCAAGGAAAUGCGAAUAACUAGCCAACUCUUGUUAUUUAUGUUUGAGUUCUUAAGGUGUUUUCUUUUUUAUGUGAUUGUAAUUUGUAUUUGAGGCAUGAUAAUUCGGCCUUAACAAUGUAUUGAUUGUGGUAUUAAAGAAAAUUUAUCAAUUGGUUUGCUGAUUUUAUUUUUCAUUUUGUUUUUAAGGUUAUGUGAUGUACUAAAGAAGAAUCGUGCCUUGAAAUAAAGUUAUGUUUUCUUUGCAAAUUCCAAUUAUUGAUUAUGGUAUUAUUUUAUUUGUGUUGAUUAUUCUUAGGGAUGGAAAGUGAAGGUAACAGUCAAAACUUUGAACAAGGAAAGAAAGGAACUAGGCGGUCAUGGUCCAAGUUUGAAGAAGAUUCGUUUUUGACCGUGCUAGAUGAUUUUGUGGCUGCAGGCCAACGCUGUGAGACUGGUAGUUUCAAAUCAGGUACUAUGGUCCAAAUGGAGAAGGCUUUGAAUAUUAAAUGUCCUGAUUCGGGGCUAAAGGCAUGCCCUCAUAUUGAAUCCAAAUUGAAGAAGUGGAAAAAGCAAUAUAGCAUAGUCUAUGACAUGAUAAACACAAGUGGAUUUGCUUGGAAUGAUAUAAAAAAGUGUGUUGAGGUUGACAGUAAUGAUGCAUGGGAAACUUAUGUGCAGCACCACAAGGAAGCAGCCGAAUGGAGGAGCAAACCAUUUCCUUUGUUUGAUAGACUUUCUAAUAUCUUCGGAAAGGAUCGUGCUAACGGACAAAGAGCUGAAGCCCCCGCUGACAUGAUGGAAGAGCAAAGCAAUAAUGAUGUUAAUGCUAGUGAUAAUUGUGUCCAGGAAGAUGCAUCUCCUAUGUCUUUAAACAUAGAAGGAAGCCAAUCUAUGAACAGUCAAAAUAAGAGGAAAAGAGCUACAAGCUCAAGUGAUGAAGAGAAGAUUGUGACUGUAUUGGAGAAAUUGUUUGAAGCUUCUGGGAAAAGGAUGCAAAUGGUGACUGAGGCUAUAAUAAAAGGUAAUGAAGAUCGAUCUGAUAUUGCCAAAGAACUCAAGAGAAUGGGAUUUUCUCCUUUAGAUCAAAUUGCAGCACUAAAACUCAUUUUGGAGAAGCCACAAAACAUAUCUAUAUUCAUGUCUUUGGAUGAUGAUAUCAAGAAAGUGUUUGUUGAGCAGUUGCUUAGUGACAAUGCUUGAGGACAUGGCCUAACUAAGUUUGAUGCAUCUAUCUUUUUGGAAACACCACAAAUGAUGCAUUGAUAAGAUUGGCUUCAUUUUGGAAACACCACAAAUUGUAUAAUAUUUUGCUAGCAUUAAAGCCAUAUGGUUCAUGGUUGUGAGGCUUAUUAGUUUCAUUUUGAAAUUGUGGAUGUUUAUUUGUAUGUAUUAAUGGUAGAAUUGUGUGUAGCGAACUAAACCUCUAAUUUCUGAGUCAUGUAGAUGACUUUGGCAUAUAUGAAAAAUAUCUAACUUUUGC